AUGAAUAAAAGAAUAUUUAGUUUAGUUUGUGUUGCCUUAUAUACCAUUUUGGCUAUAUCAAUACAAUGUUCCGAACAGAAAGCAUCUGAUGUAGGAAAUAAAACCUUUCGUGGUACCAGAGGAAUAACAAUAAAUAAUAGGAAAAUUUAUAUAGAUUCUAAACAAGAAACACAAUUAAAGAAUAAAAAUCCUAAAUAUGAUAAAGGAGUUAGUUGUUUUAAUAUAUUUAAAAGAGAUAAAAAAAAUCAAAAAUCUUCAUAUAACUAUCAACGUCUUCCUAAUGUAACAUUGGAGUAUGAAACUGCUCAGCGUGAUGUUACCCCCCAAAGUAAAGAACAUUUAAAUUCUUUAUUACUUUUAAAAGAAAAAUUAGAAAAGGAACCUUCAAAUGAUAAACCAAGUGAAUAA